AUGGAGUAUGUGGAGUGCGGCGAUCUGAGUCAAUAUAUUACAGAUCGUAAAAAGGCGCUGGCCGGCGCAAAGACGAUCACCAGACAAAUCCUUGAGGGACUAGUAAUACUGCAUGGGGAGGGAAUUUGUCACCGGGAUUUGAAGCCUCAGAAUAUUCUUGUUGCUUCACGGAUUCCCCUUCAUAUCAAGAUUGCAGAUUUCGGGACGUCAAAGCGAGCAGAAAAUACAGUUUUGAGAACCAUGCUUGGCACUCCUGCCUAUAGCGCUCCAGAGUUGACGGCUUCUUCGAUGUCUCAGUUCACGAAUGCCUUAGACAUUUGGUCACUAGGUAUCCUUGUGCAUGAGGUUUUAACCUCAAAAAGACCGUUCUUUGACCAGGCUGCAUAUGAUGAAGAUUCUGGAAAAAUAUCGGGGGUAGUGUCUUCUAGCACUACAAAGCCUUUGACCCAAGCGAACUCCCCUCUUCUCUUCGGGUAUUAUUAUGGGAAUAUUGAGUUCCCUGUCGAUGAUCUGGUAACAUCAGGGGCAAGUCCAGAGGCAAUAUGCUUUGUGCGGGGGUUGUUGGCUGCGAACCCGGAGGAUCGCCCCGCUGCAUUGGAAGCUUUUAAGGAUGUGUGGCUGCAUAUUGAUCACCCUGAGUGUACCCGCAUGGAUGAUUGGCUUAAAUCUCUGGAAAGCGAGCUUUCUGUACUAGGAAUUGAUUUGAAGUUAAAGGAGGAUUAA